AUGGGCUUUCCCACUGCCUUCAGAACCCGUCGGCCACUGGCGCCCGAGCGCCGCGCACCGGAAGUGCCUCACAAUGGGCGGGGUCGAGAACCGCAGAAGCGGACCAGGCGCUGCGGCUGGCGGAUACCACCUUUUUCUGUUGAGGGAAAUAUGACUUUUAGGAUGGCUGUGAAUUGCUGCUGGAGAUUCUGGGCAGUUUGUUUUCUGACUUUUCCCAGCACUUUCUGUCUCCAGAAGGAACAACCCAGAGUAUUACUGGUAUCUUUUGAUGGAUUUCGAUGGGAUUACAUCAACAGAGUGCCAGCUCCCCACUUCCACUAUGUCAUGAAGAAUGGUGUUCAUGUGAAACAGGUCACUAAUGUGUUCAUUACAAAAACCUAUCCUAAUCAUUAUACAAUGGUGACUGGCCUUUAUGCAGAGAGCCAUGGCAUAGUUGCUAAUGAAAUGUAUGAUCCUAUCCUGAACAGAACAUUCUCUAUGAACCACAUGGACAUUUAUGAUGCACAGUUCUGGGAAGAGGCUUGUCCAAUAUGGGUCACAAACCAGAUGGAGGGACAUAGAAGUGGAGCUGCUAUGUGGCCAGGAACAGAUGUAAGAAUACGUGGAGUCCUUCCUACGCAUUAUAUGAUGUACAAUGAGUCUGUUUCAUUUGAAGAUCGAGUUUCCCAUCUUAUUGAUUGGUUUACAUCUGAAAACCCCAUCAACUUUGGUCUCUUGUAUUGGGAGCAGCCUGAUGAAAUGGGGCAUAUAUUGGGCCCAGAAAAUCCACUUAUGCGAGUUGUCAUUAAUGAGACUGAUGCCAAGCUGGGAUAUCUUGUGUCAGAACUGAAGAAAGCAAAGUUAUGGGACACAGUAAAUAUCAUAAUCACAAGUGACCAUGGAAUGGCACAGUCUUCCUCCAAAAGGCUUAUAGAGCUUGACCAGUACGUGGAUAGAGAGUGGUAUACAAUGGUUGACCAUUCUCCUGUGGUCGCUAUUCUGCCAAAAGAAGGUAAACUGGAUGAAGUGUAUGAAUCAUUGGUGAAUGCACAUCCCAACAUGACUGUUUAUAAAAAGGAGGAAAUUCCGAGUAGAUUACAUUACAAACACAGCAGCAGAAUUCAGCCAGUCUUGGCAGUGGCUGACAUAGGAUGGGAAAUCGUAAAAAAUAAGACCAACCCAUUUCUGUUGGGGAAUCAUGGAUAUGACAACACCCUACCAGAAAUGCACUCCAUCUUCUUGGCCCAUGGUCCUGCUUUUCGGAAAAAUGCCACCAAAGGAGCCAUGAAUAUGACAGACCUGUACCCCUUGUUGUGCCACCUGCUUGGUAUCAAUCCACUGCCAAACAAUGGAUCGUUCAGCAAUGUGGAAGAUAUACUUGCUAGACCAGUUCCAAGAGAGCUUCAUCCUAGAGAUUAUGAAAAAGAGUCCUAUGCUUAUUUUAUUGGAGUCUCUCUUGGGACCAUUCUCAUUAUUGUGUUUCUUGUAGUUUUUAUGAAGCACUUAACCCACAGCCAAAUACCUACCACACAAGUGCGGCACACUGAAAUUGCCCAGCCCUUACUCCAGGGCUAGUCUAGAGUGCUGUUACUGGCAGGUAAUAGUUCUGGAAUAAUGUUUCAGUGUUCUUCUAAGCUAUUGGGGGCUUUAAAGAGGCUUGUUGAGACGCUCUAGAAAAGGAUCAGCAGAAAUACAAGCAAAGUAAAACAAGAAAAUGAAUGCUGAUCUAUUAGUGCACUACAGUAAAUAUGCACUGGAUAUAUAUAUAUAUAUUGGAAGAGCAUAUCUCUUUUGCAUUCUACAACCACUUGGUCCUUGAGGGGUUAAGAAUCUUUAGGUGAACUUACAAAGCCGUGUAGGUAAGUGUUUAGUAAAUUAGACCUUUUAAAUAUGUCCUCUUGCAUUAACAAUAUUAGGGAAAUUACUGUAGAUGCACUUUAUAGAAUACUAUGUAGGAACUUUACUGAUUCCUUGAAUUUAUCAGUGCUUUCUUUAAAUCCAAAAGGUAACCUAACUCUUUUUAAAGUAAAACUAAUGUAAGGGAUUCACAGUGGAAGGACUGGAGGAUUAAAUGUUAUAAAAAUUGCUUCUACAGCACAAAUACCACUAGAAUACAGAGUGUUUAAAAUUGCAAGGCUUUAAAUAUUUUGCUUUGAAUGACAGCAACUGAAAUAUUUGCCUGUAUUCCAAUAAGAAUUAUCUUGUAAUACUCAGCAUCUGAUUUUUGAACCUGUACAUCCCUAAGAUACAUCUGAGGCUUCAGUUACUCUGUUCACUUCCCCAGCUCACUAAAGUAUUAAAAUUCUAAGCCAUGAGCAAAUACGUGGUGGCAGUAUAAUAAUGUACUAAAAAAUACUGGGCUAAAUUUGUCAACCCACUAAUGCAGUUGGCUUUUAAAGACACUUCUGUUCAAACGAUAGCAGAAGUUUGUGAGCAGGGCCAGCAGUGUAUUUGUAAGUUUCUGGAUGCAGAUCUCUUACGAAAAAAGGAAGUAUUAAACAUUUGCUGAACAUCAAUGAGUGCAAUUCCAUUAACAUCACUGGGGUCACGCCUGUUUGUCUGGGAGUAAAUUAACCUGCUGUAACCAGUGUCGUGUCUGACACAUCCAGGUCUGACCUUGUAAAUUUAAUCUUUAGCAUUUUCCCUGGAUUGGGCUCCUAAAUUAAGGAACAGAUUUGACUUUGAAAUAGACUUCUAAAGCAAAUCAUAUUCUUAGAAUCGGAGAAAAAGCACUUGUAACCUUUAUACAGGCAAGAGAUUAUGACUUUCAGAUGAAGGUGCUUCAUGUAAAACUGUAUUAACCCUUUGAGUCAUACUUAUGAUAUUUUUGUUGAGUUUGACUUCUAUUUCAGCACCAAAACAAUUAGGCUUUCUUUUGCUCAUGCUUUUGAUUGCAGAGGCAACAGGAGAAAGCUGGGAAGUUUUUGGAGGAGACUGAGCAAAACUAUAUUUAGUUGCCUCAGCACUGCUGUAUGAAUUUAAAUUUUUCUUUAAGCCCCAUUGUUCAACAUGGGGUAUAAUAUUGUGAAUGACUCUUCAGCUGAGCUAGCCAGCUAACUGGAGGCAGUUUUCACAUGAAAAUAUUUGGUGCUUCCAAUCCUUUCUCUGACAACCUAGCUUAUUCCUUCUCUUAAAGGACAGCAAAUGUAAUUUUGCCUUUUGCUGUUACCAGGGCUUUUGGGGAUCAUCUGCAAGUUUGGAUAUGCACAGUUUAAUAACUAGAUAAAGUAAAUUCUCCACGUAAUUGCAGUAUGCUAAUAAUGGAGAUUGGGGGACUGAUGCCAGACUUUUAUAAAGUGAAUAUAAAAAUCAAACACAAUGCUUCACUUAGCAAACUGAAUUUACCAGACUCUAAUGCAUUCUUGUUAAUUUUUUUUAGAUAGACUCUUCAGUGAGAUCACAUAGUAGAUUCCUGGUGCCUCUGUGCACCUUUAAGAGUUGAGAUUCUCUGGAAAGAAUACAGUUUUGUAUGUUGUAACUUAUGACAAGGUAUUAAUCCAGUGCCUACCAUUCAGAAGUAUUCUCUUGCAUUCUCAAAAGUAUUUCAUGAAUGAAGGAUCUUGGAAGCUUCUGUAGAGAAUCUAGUUGUGUGGUGCUGGUUGCUUAGGGCAGUAGCAAGAUUGUCCCAUUUUGUGGUGUAUUGUCCAUUUAAAUUGAGGACAAUUCUUUCUCUCAGAUUCAAAGGGUGGCUGUCACUCUUGAGCGGUUCCCACAGAAGAGUUUGGCAAUUUCCUUACUCGUUAUUUUAAUCAGACCAAUUAUUCCUCCUUCAUGCAACACAUGUAGCAACAAAAAAAUCCUUGUCAGCUGUGACCAUAACUAAUUGCACUGUCAGAGCAGAGGUCUUCACUACUGGCUUGCAUUUUGGUCUUUAAUUUGUAGCAAGCAGUCUUGUGGGUGACCCUGAAGGUUGGGAAUGUUUUCAUGUAGGAAUUCUGACUAAGCUAAGGCUGGGGUAGAGAAGAAUACUAGAACUGGGUUGGUAGACACGUUACAAAACUCGGCAUUGUGCAACUUAAUCUGACUCGGUUACUAAAUUCUUUUGUAAUUUUUCUGGGGAAUUCAUCCUGUUCAAGAUGUGCAAUUGGUUAGAAGCUUAAGG